CAUGGGGUGGGAAAAUCUGGUGUAACUUGUUUAUCAUGGGCUUAUGUGAGUACAAUCACUCUAACAGCCAGCAUUUUGUUUCACUUGGUCUGCAAUUUGCAAGUUAUCCACUUCGACGAUUAUGCAAGGCUCCUGGAAAGGGAAUCUGAUGUGCUGGUAUUUAUGGACGAGCAUAUUCGUCUGCGCUACCAUCUCUGUAAAAUAAGUCACAGGUUCCGAAUCUUCCUUCUCCUGCAGUUCAUGGUUGUCACCGCAAGCCAGGUUGUCACUCUAUUUGAGACCACAGAAUACAGGGGAGACAUCACUGUCAUAAAUGGUGGCGAUUUUGCAGUCUCCACAAUUGUUCAAGUUGUUGGCAUUAUUCUCUCCCUGCACGCAGCGACCAGAAUUUCCCAUAGAGCGCAAGGCAUAGCGACAGUUGCCAGUAGAUGGCAUGCGUUAAUGACAUGCAGUUCUAACGAUACAUCUCACAACAGAAGUUCAAACUGCUUGGUGAACCCAGAGGCUGCCGACACAUUGAACUCGCUGCAAAUAAGCUACUCCGAGAGUGACUUGGAGUCGAUGGAUUACGUUCCAAUGCCUACAAAUACACAGUUAGCUUCAUACAUGUCUUCCUAUCACAGGAGACAAGCUUUUGUGUCAUACUUGCAAACCAAUCAUGGGGGGAUCACAAUUUUUGGAUGGACAGUCGACAGAGCCCUCCUCAACACAAUUUUCUUCAUUGAACUGUCUUUGAUCACCUUUGUUCUUGGAAAGACAUUAGUUUUCACGUCGACGUGAUGCACGCCGCUCGAUCCACGGCCACAUUAGCGUCGUGAAAUCAACCUGCACAAAUGAAGUUAAAGAUCAACGCCCACAUAUGUCGAUCUUUUUCGGUUUGCACCUUCAUCUCUUUGGUUGGAAUUACAGAUUCGCGCCUAAAUCGUAGAUUUGUUCUGCUUGGCAGCGUCGUCUCUUCGAUUACAUUCGAAAUGCCGAAAUCAUGCUGCUUCUUUGUAUACUUGAUUGUUGAUUAUUUGAUUAUUUGAUUGCAUUCGAAA